CCUCACACGAGCUCUCUCAUGACGAGGUUGUUCGUCUCAACUUCCUGCUGUUUGCCUCUAAGCUGCCGCUUAUUAUCAGGAAAUCGAAUGAUGAGAACGCUAUCAUCCAAACCUCCAGCCGAAAGGGUUCUCACGAAAACCGCGAGAAUCAUCCACCCCAACAAGUAUAAGAAACCCCUUUUCCUCCGCCAACGACGACAAGAUUCUUUCCUCUUCCAACAUAAUCACACCCAUCUCACAAAGCUAUCUCUCAGUUCACCCUUUACUUCAAGUUCUACAUCUGUCCACAUCUUCUACACCCCUUCAAGAUGCGCACCACUUGCAUGGCCACCGUCCUCCUGGCGUUGGCACCCACUGCCAUCUUCGGUAGCCCCGUGCCUGUUCUUAAGGUCGGCGUCACCACUAGUGACCACCACGAUCUCACCGGUUCCAAGACCACCAAACUGAACCAUGGCAUCGUUGACCGCGACGACCACAACCCUCAGACCAAAACCGCCGUUCCCGGCGACUUGUGCAUCAAUGCUCACGCCACCAUGAUUUGCACCCCCGGCGGAGAGGGUAAACCCAACUGGAACCAGAACACCAAGUUCUCUAAGCCUGACGACUCGGUCAACGUUGAGGCUGCCGUCGCCGAGGCAGCUGCCAAAGUCGAAGGCCGAGAUGACACCGAUCCCAACGUGUGGAACUGCAGCUCCACCUCCCUCAGACAGUACCAGUGCACCGGCGGCCCCGACAACGAGACGUGCAUCUUCGACGACGGCCGCAAGGUUUCUUGCACCAGGAACCAGAAGACUGCUGCCCUCCAGACCAACGCCAGAGACGGCGAAGGUCCCGAUUUCACCUGCGUCACCGACGCGAGGGGGGUUUGCGUUUGCACUGGUGCUGAUGUCCGCUGCAUCAUUGAGAAGCAGGGUGAUGCUACUUGCAGCUUUAAUGGUUCCGAUGGCGAUGCCAGCAAGUUGAAGGUCAAUACCGAGCGUCUUGCGGCUGUUCUUUCCACGGUUGCGCCCAAGCCCAAGGACGACAGCGACCCCUUCGACGCCAAUCCUAACUACUCCUGUUCUCAGAUCUCCGAUUGGACAUGGUCUUGUGGUUCGAACGGUGCUGGUCCCGGCAAUCCUAGCGGAAACAGUCGUGUCUCGGGCGAUGAGAACUAUGACCCAGGUCAGGGCUGUAACCAACCGCAGGGUUUCUUUGGCGGUUGUGACGGCAAGCCUGACUUUCACGACAAUAUCGAGGUGAAUGAUGUUCCCAAAGCCAAUGCCAUUGGGUCCGACGUUACCUGCGUUGAUAUGACCGACCGCAACAAGCUCCCCUAUCCCUCCGGCCUUAACGACUGCAGCGUCCUCCAAUCUGACUUUCUCUCCCCCAACAACACCCUCUUCAUCCCCGACCCCGAUGUCAAUCCCCCCUCCACCAAUCCGGACGACUUCGUCCUCUCCUGGUCAACCGACUCCAAAACUUGCAAACACGCGGCCCACAACACUUGCCACCUUUCCAUCUGCAACUAUGCAAUCAUGGCUGGCGCAACCGUACCCGUCAAGAUCCCCAAGGCAGUGAUCCGAGAGAACAUGAAGAUGGUGCUGGAUAAGUGCGUGGAGCAGCAGCAGGUGGGCGGCUAUGUGUAUCCUGAGUCGACGCAUGAUGUGACUUUGGCGUUGGGGACGCUGGAUACCACGCAGACCUAUGGAAAGAGGGAUGUGGCUGCUAACGAUGGUAAUCCGGAUGAGGAUUGCAGUGUGGUGGAAAGCUUUUUCUGGUAUUGCAAGGCUAGGUGAGAAGGGGAUCGGACCGGACUGUGAAUCUGGUCGCAGUCCUGGGAGGUCCUUGGGAUCUUGACUACUACCUACUUUUAACCAGCAAAGGCUAUAGCUAAGGGUAAAGGGUAACUUGGACGGGGGAAGUUCAUUGGGGGUUUUAGCUCGAAGGAUCUAGUCAAGAUGCAUAAUGGCGAUAGCUUGACGGCUUGACGAUGGAGGUUUUUCUGACAGUCGCUGACGUGAGCCAGAUAGCUGAUAUAUACCUCUACAAACGCUCGUUGUCCUUGCAACAUAUAAUCGUAUCAAGGCUUGACUUGACGAGGAUCAAGUUGCCAGAAACUCC